AAACAAAUUACGAAACGAGAAUACAAUUUGAGGUUAUGCUGUAUUUGUUGAUCGAGAUGUUAAAACAGGAAUAAACGUAAAUACGCCCACUAAUCGAUUAAUUAAUCUGUUAUCUUGUUAUAUAAACUGUUUAGCGAAAUGUCAUCCAAAACAGAGGUUACAUUAGAACAUUUUUAUAUAUUUAACGGAACUUAUGCAAAAAAAGAAGGAGAGGAGGAAAAGAAAAUACUUUAUUAUUAUCCUGAAAGAGAUUUGGAUGUCCAAAUUAAGAACAUAGGGCUCAGUGAAGCAAUUAUUAAAUUUGCACAGUCUUUUAAUCCUGGGCAACCUUGCGACUAUUGUCACACACAUAAAACCCGUCAAAUAUACUAUCAACCUGAACCAAAUUUUUGGAUGGUAAUGAUUGUUGGAGUACCAUAUAUAUGUAAAGAAAAAGAUGGUAAUAAAUAUACAGAAUAUCAGAAUGAUGAAGUUUCAAGCAGUAUUUGUCAGUCUAUAUUGAAACAAGCAUAUGUUAUGUUCAGACUGUUCAUGGGUUCUUUUGACACAAUUAUUAAUGAACCUGAAUGUGGAGGCAUAACGUUAUUAAAACAUACCCUUGAACAUUUUUAUUCCAGGUAUUUAUUAUCUCUGAAGUUAAAUAACAGUGAUAUUUUGGAUAUUUUCCAAGGCUUACAAUUUUUACCUCUUGAUAAAAUAACAUUCCUAAAAGUUCAGUGCUUCAUGAACCUUGUAGAAGCUAUGUUUUCUCAAGUGAAGUAUACAGCAUUCCUUUAUAAUGAUCAAGUUGUGUGGAGCGGUUUAGAACCUGAAGAUAUGCAAGUAGUUUAUAAUUAUUUAGUAAGCACACUUUUACCAGCUCAUCUUGAAAAAGAAUUACAUGGAGGUUCAAUGCCUAGGAAUUCACCCUCUCCAUUUACUACUUCACAUUAUGGAAAAUUUGUCACUGGUCCAUCUAAUAUCAAUGAGCCAAACUUGAUUGGAAAAUCUCCCACAGUAUUUAUAAAUUAUUCCACGAAACCUGUCUCUUUAUAUCUAGUAGUUUACAGAGCACUAAGUGCCACAAUUUGUCUCUUUGUUGACAGUAAAACAAGUUUAAUGAUUGAUUUCUUUAAAAGUCUUGAUAAUUUUCUUGGUCCACAAUUGACUACACUUGUCAGUUCAGUUGCAGAACAAUGUGCUAAACAUGUCACGGUUACCCCAGAAUCUUGCACCAAAUAUUUAUAUUUUAAUAAACUCAAUCUAGCAUAUAAAAGUACAAUACAUUUAGAUAAUAGACGAUGCAAUAAUGUACUCACGACACCUGAAGUGUUGAGGGUUAUCAAUGAUAUAUAUAGUGAUACAAAUAAAUUAAAAGAGGCUGGUGAAAUUGUUAUAAAAACUAUGAGCGACUAUUGGGUUAUUGGAAAAUUAUCAAACUUGAGAGAAUUUUUUGUAGUUAUUCAACAAAAAAGUGCGAGCAUAAUCGAAAUAGAAGAUGAGGUAAAAAGACUUUGUGAAAAACAAUUGAAAAGCAUAUUUUUCCAUUAAUAAAAGUGAUAUUCAUGAUUCGUGAAAUGGAAAAUACGUCAUAAAUGCAUUAGUUAUAAAUAUUCAGCAACUAUUUUAUACGACGAUUA